AUGGCCUUCGCAGCAGCCCGGAUGAUCCUCAAGGACAAGAGGAGGAAGUCGUCCAAGGAAGAUUUCGCCAGGAGUAAGUCGAAGGAAAUAAAUCUUGAACUGGAGACAACGCAGAAAGCGGGGUCCCUGUUUGAGAUAAAACAUCUCAAGGGUUCUCUCCAGGCAAUCUAA